GUGUGUUCAGUCUCAGAGAUGGCUGACAAAAAGGGCAGCAGAAGUGUCAGCUCUCGUCUGACCGUCAAGAGGAAAGAGAGAGCAGAAAAUGAACCGAAGAAAGAGGAAAAACCUCCUAAAGAAGAAGAGAAACCGAAUGUGAAUGGGGAGAAUGCACUCGUGGAGAACGGCGAGGCCGCGGCGGUGAGUAACGGAGCCGCAGCGAACGGUGACAAUGCAGAGAAACCAGAACCCAUGGAGCUGCCACCGUUUGAGAUCAUCACUGGGGAUCGAAUGGACCCCUUCUUCUUCAAAUUCCAGUUCAAGAAUGUCGAAUACUCCUCUGGGCGCAAUAAAACCUUCUUGUGUUAUCUGGUGGAUCAGGGUCCCGGCACUGACGGUCUCCUCAGAGGCUACAUAGAAGACGAGCACUCGGGCGGUCACGCCGAAGAGGCGUUUUUCCAUCAGGUCCUGCCCAACUACGACCCCGCCCUCAAAUACACCAUCACCUGGUACAUGUCGUCCAGUCCGUGCGCCGCCUGCGCUGGGAAGUUGGUGGAGAUCCUGAAAUCUCGGAAAAAUGUGCGACUGGCCAUUUUCUCCGCUCGGCUCUUUGAGUGGGAGGAGCCAGAGUUUCAGGCAGGGCUAAAGGCGCUGGCGGCCGCCGGCUGUAAACUGCGCAUGAUGAAGCCACUGGAUUUCUCGUACACCUGGGACACAUUUGUGGAGAGCGACGAUCAGCAGUUCACGCCGUGGGAGGACUGUCAGGAAAAUUAUGAGUACUAUCAAGAGAAACUGGCUGAUAUUCUACAGUGAUAAAGAGACACGACAGCCCGCAAACGCUUUUCCAACCCUGAAGAGUGUGCACGAGUGUUCUUAUGAAUGUAUGUGAGAGAGAAACCUUUGCCAAUGUCGACUUUGUACUUUGUUGCGUCCACCAGUUGAAAGAUGUUUAAAGACGUUAUUAGCGGUUUCUACGGUGCGUGUGUUAAACGCUAGAAUCCUGUUAAAGUGGCGGAUUCCUUUAAUACCUUUAUGUUUUCUGUACUUCCGAGAGGAGGUUUAUACAUCAUGAGGAUGGUUGAAUUUUUACUAUUUAAUUUUUUUUUUUUAACAGAUCACUUUUUUGUGUAUGUGCAUUCUUGUUUACCGUUCUUUGGUGCGACACAUUUCAUAUUUCAUACAGUUUUAUAUUCUGAGUCGGUGAUAGACUUCAGAUUCACUUUAUUUAUAUAUUUAUGUUCAUGCUGGUCAGAGCACAAAAUCUUCAACAUUACUGCAACGGAUGCUUAUAAUAAAUACGUGGGAUUCACUAUUUUGGAAAACUAAUAAAUGCUUUUGUCUUGUU